GGCGCUGCCAAAAAGCCCCGUUACCCAGUUACAUUGUUUUAUAGAAGGUACGGGCGAAUAAAAACGCGAUUACACCGGGCUCAACUACCUUCUUCGUGAUGUAAUUUACUGACUGUUCGUCCAAGUCGACAUUUUUGUCAACAAAGCAGCGCCGCUAACAAACCGCUCCAGGCUAAUUUUAGCUAACAGUCUUGUAGGAAUGCGUCGCAUCGGAGCAUAAACCUCUGGUUUUCGCGAUAAACUUCUCCCAAACACCAGAAACAUCUUGCAUUUUGGAUGGCAGUGGCACCCUCCUUGAUGGCAGAUAAGAUUGUAGUCCUGGGUGAUGAUGAAGAGGGGGGUCCUCAGCGUCGAUCCAAACGUGUCUCGCUGCGCAAAUCUCAGCAGCUGGCCUUUAACCACAUUACUCAGUCACCUUUUGCCACAUCAAAGACAAAGAAGCAAACCCAUGUCCGACAGGCAGAGAAGGAGAAGUUGUUCUCAAAGCAGAAACAGCCAGUGUCUAAGAUGGUAGUGGGACCUGCGUCAAAGGCAGAUGACUGCAUAGUCCUGGAAGAUUAUAAAGAGAGAGAGAGUCCUCAGCCUGCCUUCACUGCUUCCACCUCGCUCACUGAGUGUAAGGCCAUACGUGUCUUGCUGCACAGAGCUCACCUGCCGGCCUCCAUCCUCAUACCUCAAUCACCUCUUACCACAGCAGAGGAGCAAACUGAUAUCCUAAAGGCAGAGAAUAAGAAGUUGUUCUCAAAGUUUGUUGAACACUGCUCAGCUCUCACCCAGGACUGUCCUGAGGUUUUGACCUUCCUCCAAACCAAGUACACCAAGGCCUCCCCUGACUAUCUGUCAUCUGUGGAGUUCAGGAACACCUUGGAGCAAUGUUUGACGUGUGUACAGACCAACCGCUCUAAAACAUUUGCCUUCAUCAAUGAACUGUGCAUAGUGCUCAGGAAUCGUGCUGCCAAGAAGAGGCAGAUCCUCACCAGGGUUGAGUCUGGUUCCUCUUCCUCAAGUUCUCUCCAGUCUGCCUUUGUUAUGCUUAAAGGUAAAGGCAAGACUACAGUUAAAGAAGAUGAUGAGGUGGAAGAAACAGGAAAACCAGCUGCAGAAAAGAAAGAACCUUCCACCACAGUGCUGCACGAGAACACAGAGGACAACAAGAAAGAGCAACAAGAAGCAGAGAAAAAUGCAAAGAGGUCCAGGAAACAGACAGCGUACCUGGAGAACCUGCUGAAGGUGUACCACGAGGAGAUUUGCCGCCUGCAGCAGGCUGAGCUAAGUUUAGACGACCUGGAAGCUGAGGACUCGUUAUACGUCCAGGAGCACAAGCUCAAACGCAAGAUGAUGAAAAUUUAUGAAAAGCUCUGUGAACUGAAGGGUUGCAACAGGCUAACAGGCCGAGCCAUCGAGCAGAAGAUUCCCUACACAAGCACUCGUUAUCCUGAGAUCAACAGCAGGAUUGAGCAUUUCAUAAACAGUCCAGAGGUCCGGAUACACCCUCCGGACUACCAGGACAUCCUCCAGUUGGUAUUGCAGGCCAACAAGCAUCACAACCUGUGCCUGAGUAGAAAACAGCUGAACCAGAUGGCGUUGGAUGCAUUCAGAGAGACCGGGAACAGCAUGCAAGAGCGACGUCACCUGGACCUAGUGUACAACUUUGGCUCUUAUCUCACCGACGCCUACAAACCCGCCUCAGAUCCGGCUCUCUUGGACCCCUCGCUAAAGCGAAAGCUGCAAUUGAACAGAGAAGUGGCAAUAUCCCAGCUGGAGGUGGUCUUCAGCAAAUAUGCCGUCAAACAAGACGACAUAGAGGAGCAGGAGAGGAACAACCAUCUUAAGAUAAAGGACAACAAAUCAAAAAAGGGAAAAGGAACAAAAGAUAUGAAUGGAGUGGAAGAGGAUGAAGAAGAACUGGAGGAGGAGGAGGAGGAGGAAGAUUACUCAUCAGACCCAGAUAUCGAGGAGGAGAUCCAGGCAAGCACUCAGCAGAAUGUACCUGGCGAUGAUGGAAACGAGGAGGACAACGGUAAUGGGGCGGAGCAAGCAGGAGAUGACACCAACAGGGAAGAUCAGAUGGGCGAUUUUUCGGGAAGCACCAAAGACACGGAAGAAAAUCCAGUCAUAAGUGGACAUGGUCACCCUGUAAAGACAGGGGAGACUGUGUGUUCCUUCAGUCACAUAUCAGAAGACCCUGCAAACUUUUCAUCAGUAGUGGCCAACGGGACGUUGCCACCACCUGGUCCCAGAGAGACAAGGAUCCGGACACGGAGGAGUAAAGAAGUAACAUCAAAUAACUCCCCAAUUUCAAAGCACACCGUCAACAGAAACAGCCCCAGCCAAUCAGAGUCCACACUGUACAGUGACCAGAACUUGUCGAAUGGUAAACUUGCAGAACCGCAGGAGCCUGUGCGUUCUUCUAGGCGCAUUUCAGCCAUUGUAGUAGCCAACGGCACGUCGCCGCCACUCAGUCCUAGAGCGAUGAGAAGUCAGAGGAGGAAGAGGAACAGGGAAGAAACAUCAUCUGAUUCUCCAAAAUCAAAGCACAUCAUCAUUGACAGCGACAGUCCCAGCUGGUCAGAGCCCAUGCAGACUGAUGACCAGCACUUGUCUAAUGGAAAACUCACAGAACCAAAGGAGGCUGUGAAUUACACCAGUUAUGUUUCACCAGUAGUGGCCGACAGGACGUCUUUAGUGCCAUCGUCGGUGGAGACCUUACAACAAUCUGACACCCAGCCGAGCAGUCGAAAGAGGAGGAGGGAAGAAACAACAUCACAGGAUUGCCAGAAUUCCGAGUAUGCUGAUUGUGGCACUGUGCACUGCUUGAUCUGCCACAAGCCCCAGUCCAACAUCUCUGUUCACCUCUCCCUGGUGUGCAUGAAAACAAGCACACGGGAGAAGAGAGCUGCCGAGUGUCGGAAGGCCAAGGCCUCUUCCAGUAUGUGGGUCCAUGCCAACAGGACUUGGUAUUACAGCAAAAUCUGUGAGCUCGUGCCGCACAGGCCCAGUCGCUCUGCAGUGAUCAAGGACCUUCUUAGGCGAGGUUUCUUCAUUAUGGAUUUGCCCGAUGACUUGGACAUGGACGCAGAAGAAACAAGCAGUGUUGCAAUGGCCACCACUUCCACGGCCUCCACCUCAGGAACUGUUACUGACCCCUCUGAUUCCCUAGAGGCCACCAGCACCCAUGGACUCCCAGAGAUGUCGGUGGUGGUUCCCCAGAGAUGUCAGCUGAAGUGUCGGCUGGGGCGUCCGCCGGGACGUCAGCUGGCUGAGGCUGAAGCGUCGGCUGAAGCGACGGUUGAAGCAUGCGAUGUUGCAAUGGCCACCGCUUCCACGGCCUCCGCCACUUCCACAGCCUCCACCUCAGGAACUGUUACUGACCCCUCUGAUUCCCUAGAGGCCAACGGUUCCCCAGAGAUGUCGGCGGUGGUUCCCCAGAGAUGUCGGCUGGGGCGUCCGUCGGGAUGUCGGCCGGCUGAGGCUGAAGCAUCGGCUGUGGCCUUUGCCUCUCCAUCCAAGUAUAGGAGGUUAAGAAACCGCUCCUUUCAAGGCAACAGCAAGCCCCCAACCAAGCGGUUUCAAAUGAAAGAAGCUGGUCUCUACACAAAAUUUCCCGAUGACACAAACAUCAUCAAGGACUUUAAAAAAUACCUUGUCGAGAGCAUGCACAAGCCAUACUACCGAUUAGAGGUGGACCAAGUGUCCAAGUACCUGCGCUACUUACAGCCAAGCGGGGACAUCCUAACUCUGGACUUCGUCACAAAGUCAGCGGAGACCACAGGCUACCUGCAGAAACUGAAGUGCAUGGGCUUGUCCACAAAAAGUCUGGUGAGCCAUACCAGGAGCAUCAUCGGGUUCUUUGAAUUUUUGAGGACCCAUCCAUAUCUGAAGCAGAAAGACACACAGCUCAGAACAAUGUUAGCAACCACUGAGAUGAUGUUGAGGUCGCUUCGGCAUUCAGACCUCCAGAAGGAUUCCAAACCCAGUGACAAGGAUUGCCAGGAGGUGUUGAGGCUCGGGAAGCAAGACUUCAUGAACAGCUUUAACAAGCUUAGCAGCGACACCAUGCUUUCUGUGAAGGAGAAAACGAUGUACCGCUACUACCUGGAAGCGAUUCUCAUACUUCGUUAUUUCCAGCGUCCAACAACUGUGACAAACUUGACUGUUCGAGAGUGGGUUAACCGGACCAGGGCACAUGGCAGAGUUAUGAUUGGCACCAAGUCUCAUAGGAUGACAGGAAGGAUGAUUGUAGAAGUCACUAUCACACAGGAGGAGGAAUCUUGGUUUCAGGCAUACUACAAGUAUAUUCGACCAUGGCACAUCGGCAGCAGCGACUGCGAGACGUUCUUUGUGAGCGCCUUUGGAAAAGCCAACAUAUCUACCUACAGUGACCUCAUCCGUUUUCAUAAGAUGUACAAAUUGGAUGAGGCCAGAAACAGGAUUGUCCAAAGGAUUGUUGAGGCACAGGCAGCAGAAUUUCUUACGGAGACUCGAAAGGAUUUUGUGGCUGAUUAUCUGGCUCAAUCCACUCCUGUGGCAACUAAACCCUACACGGUGCUGACACCACAGAAACCAGUGGCCACAGAGAUGGCUUUGGAAAACUCUUCUACAGAACAGACUCCUCAGGAAGAGGUCCUGCCUUCACCUUCAGACUCUCGGCAGCAGGCAGCAGCAGGGUUUGCUGCCAUAAUCGAAAAGUUCCCUGUUACUAAAGAGGGCCGGCCGCCCAGUCCAAAGCAGUUGAUCAAAGCUGGGAUUCCAGUUAAGCGCGGUUAUUACGAUAAGUGGCGAUUUAUCCAGGUCAAAGUGAGAGAGGCGUACCUGCUUUCACAUUUCACACAGCGCAAACCAUCAGUUUUAAGUGUAGCUCGGCUGAUAAAGAAGGAGGGGUGGAAGAACAACCACCCUAAGCUGAAGGCCGUUGUCCAGAAGUGGAAACCAACUCCCAAGAACACCAUGGAUAAAACUGAACUUGUUAACAAUAUUAAAAAUCAGUCGUGGAAAGGUCUCACUGUCAAGACCUUUGGUGACCAGAAACGAGUAGGAGUGGUUGCAACGCGCCAUUUCGCAAAAGGCAGCAUAGUCUGCGAUUAUCAUGGGAAAAUAAUCUCGGCCGCAAAGGGCAGGAGGCUGAUGAAGCAGAGCCAAGUGCAGGCUAACAGCCUCUUCUUCUUCAAGGACCUCUGCGUUGACUUUCAUACGUUUCCCUGCGAGUGCCACCCCGAUGUUGACACGUUCAGCAGGAGAAUUAAUCGCUCCAGCCAUAAGCCCAACCUGAAGCCCGUACACUAUGUGUUGGAGGCAGACGAGCAGGACGUCAUCCUCUUGCAAGCCAUCACGGACAUUGGAGUGGAUGAUGAACUGACACUUUAAGAUCCCUUUCUCAAAGUACUCUUGAUAAAAUACUGUGUAUUUUUUAGUCAAUCUUCUUAUUUAAAAAAAAAAAAAAAGUUGUACUUCAACUUGAACAGUGUGAAUGUCUUCCACGCCUGAAUUUUAACCACCUUUCAGCCAGCAGUUGCUUUUAUGAAAGUAACCCAAAACCUGACGGUGGAAUCUUAUUCCACAAAUUUUGACACGCGCACACACACACACACACACACACAGAAGCCUAAAGUUAACACUUAAGUUGAAAUGAGAUACUGAAUUUUUUUUUUUUAUGAAUUCUGGGUGGGGGGGUUCAAAUUUAUUUUGCAAUUGCAAUUUCAACCACAAAAAAAUCUGUGCUACAAUCAAAAUGAGAACAAGAGCUGUUCAUUUGCACUGUCGAUACAAACAGAAGAAUGUGGAAAUGGUAGACUGAACCAUCAAACCGCUCUUUAAAACUUUGGAGUUUCUGUUAUUCUUUUUCAUUUAUUUUUUUUAACCAGUAUUGCCUAACUAGUAUUUUUUUUUUUUUUAAUUAAAAAUAAGCUGAUUUUGAGGAAAAUGUUUCCCCUAUUUCAGCCUUUUACCUUAAGCCAGUGUUUCCCAAACACUAUAAUUUGUGACAAGAGCAAAUUUUGUGGGUAAUAUUCUGAACAAUUUGCGUCCAUAUCUGUAUCUCCUAAUAUCAUUUUGAUGUUGGUGAAUUAAUAAUUUCCAAGAGAUGAAAACUUCAUUUUAUGCAUGUUGUUUAAAUCUUUUUUUUUUUUUUUUUACCAAAAUAAAACCCUCCCACUGUCAGUCUGUGGGUCUCGAUCCAGUCUUUGGGAAUCACUGCCUUUGACAAUCAUAUAAGGUUAAGAUAGAUGGAUACUUUAUUGAUCCCCCAGAGGGGAAAAUUCACAUUGUCCAGCAGCUCUUAACAUGUAAGUAUGAAGACAUACAAGUAUAAAA